ACUGUCCAAUCUGUCUUUUCGACAUUUAUAUAUUUUUAUAUCAUCACAUUAUUUUUAUGUGAUUUUUUUUAUAAUAAUGCCAUUCAAAUUACCCGAUGUGGACAGAUGCUGUGGUUGUGUCACGGAUCUGAAGGCCGCGGCCGCGAUUAUAGCUGUUCUCGGAAUAGUGACGAGUCCGACGGUAUCAUGGGCAGUUGUGCGUCACUCUUAUGUGAUUAGAGUGUCUUGCUUUAUAACUACCAGCGCAACAAGACCCGACAUAGUAGACAUAAACCUUAACAAUAUUUUAAGCUUUGGAUUUGGCGCUCACGCCGGGUUGGGACCAUCCUGCCUUAGUCCUCCUAAACUAAACAAAACUACUUUUCGACUUACCGAAGGAGAACAGUCUACGGAUUUUGUGCGCACUACAAAAUAUCUGGGAUGGAUUGUCCUGGCUGCAGAUAUGAUUCUUUUAUUUUGUAGUGCUAAUUUGCUUAUUAAGAUAUUUAAGGGGGCAUCCAAGCAAGCAGCAAAGUUUUUCAUGAUUUCAGCCUCAAUAUCGAUGCUGUUUUCAUUUAUUUAUGGCAUGCUUUACGUUUCUGCGUGCAUAUCUGUCGGUGGAGCGUUUCCGGUUUUCGAAUUCAUCUUUUCAUUAGUGGAUGUGACGAUGUGGCUCUACUUUUUAAUAGUGGUUAAUUCCUACAGAGACAAAACUACAUAAAGGGAGUUCUUGUCUAUAAUAAGCAAAGAAGAUGAAGUGAAAUCUAAUAAUUAUUUCCUCCAUGAAGAAAAAUAGUGGCAUAUUAGAUACCGCAUGUUAUAAGUCCAUUGAGAUCAUUUGUAAUGUGUUUUUAUUUUGUAUACUUUUUAUAAUAAAUGAUCAUUUAGAA